CAAAUAAUUUCCAGGGGAAAAAUAAUGGCGACGAUGGCCACUGCAGAAAGGGAGCAGCUAUUAGGAUAUGAGAGAGAGAGAGAGAGAGAGAGAGAGAUCCUCGUUGACCUCUGUCUUGGGUAACCAAUCUAUUAGAAGCAUUAGUUUUCAAAAUUCCACUGCUUGCCCAAUGAGAUUUGCCCCUCUUUCUCCCAUUACAAUUUUUAUUCAUCCUCUGGGGGAAUCUCUGAGAUGAUAGAACGGAGCCUCCAAUUAGUUUGAUUUUUGCUGGAUCUAGUGAUGAUGGGUAUAAUUAAUAACUUAACCAACUUUGGAUAAAUAAAUCUUUUCAUAGCAUUGAUGGCAAAAACUGUAGACUAGAAUUAAAAAUUUUCCAAUGUCUUAGAUUUUGUUCUACCAAGGAAAGUGGGAAGAAGACAGGUCUCUCUCUCUCUCUCUCUUUCUCUCUCUCUCUCUCGGAGUAAAUUUUAAUUACCAGGAUUGAAGGACCCAUCAAUCUGAAGAACCGAGUUGGUAUUUGUUGGUUCUGAUCCGCACAGCAAAAUUGGAGAAAGAAUGCCGAAUUGGGAGCUGAAGAAUUGUUGCAACCACGAGCAAGUGGUGUUCCUUACCACCAUAUCCAUCUGCACUGUGCUAAUUCUUGCGGUGGAAAGCAUACAGGUUCAUGCAGAUGAAAGUGGAGUUACUCAAACACGUGGUGGCAUAUAUUGGGUGAUCUUACCAGCUGGAUAUAUUGGAUCAUCAUUUUGGGGAAUGGUUUUGAUACUCGCUUCCACAAAUCUUCUUAUGGCAAGAAUUGCUGCUGGAUGUUUUUCCUUGACUGUUCUUCUUGUACUAUUCAUAGCUAAAAAUUGGACACUUCGUGGACUUUGUAUUGGCUUUAUUAUCUUCCUUGCUGUAAUUUGGGUUCUGCAAGAAACAACAAAGAUCCAAAUUCUACGGUACAUUAUUAUGUUCAUUGGUGUCAUGAACAGUCUGUUUUCAGUAUAUGAUAUAUACGAUCAGCUAAUAUCCCGAACAAAUCACUCCAGUGAUGCUGAGAAGUUUGCAGAAGUUUGCCCGUGCCCUUGUAAUGGUGUUGGAUGGGGUGUUAUUUGGGGAUUGAUAUCUUUCUUGUUUCUUUGUGGAGCCAUGUACCUUGGUCUUGUCAUCUUGUCUUGAG